AUGCCGGGCCAAUCUCGCAGUCGGGACCGCCAUGGCGGGGAGAGGGAUCGCGCACGCGAGCGGGAGCGGGAGCGCAGACGGAAGCGCGAUAGGGAGCGCGAGUAUGUCCAGGGCCGCUAUGAAGAUGAUGGUGCCGUGUCUAGCCCGGGGGCUUCACGUGGGAAGUACAAAUUCCGUGGAGAGUCUGGAUAUGAUUCCGGCACGCCUGCGGAUAGUGACUACGAGGACCGGAAGCGCGAACAACGGCAACGGAGAAGGCAGCGGGACGAGGAGAGGGCUUACAAUGAAGCUGUUGAUGAGCGAAGGAGGGAAAGGGCUUACAAUGAUGCCGUGGAGGGUAGGAAAAGGGAGAGGUCUAAGGCGAAAGAGUCGCCUGCUACGUCACCGGUUAAGAAACGGGAUCGAGAGCGAGAUCGCGAUGGACAUCGGAGGAAGAGGGACGUUGAUGAUGAGGGGAGCCCGACUAAGGAUGUGAGGGAGAGGAGAUCCCGAGCGAGGGAUGAGAAGGGGAGAGAGAGUUCUCGAGAUCCUGAUGCCGAAGCGCGAAGGCAGAGACGUCGAGAACGAAAGGAAAGUGAGCGCGAGCGCGAAAGGAGCUUGGAGGCUGCUGCUGCUGUGUCGGCGGCGCGCAAACAUAAGAGUACCGAAUCGACGAGCAGUGCUUCGCACCUUCUCAGCGCGGAUGCCCUAGCCCGACUGGCUUCUGAGAAUGAACGGGAUGACAGGGAUGAUCGUCGGCAGCGCUCUCGAGACCAUAACCGGGAACGUUCCCGAGACCAUGAUGAGGAUCGCAGGGAGCGCCGGCGGCGGAAAAAGGCCGCAUUAAUUGGAGGUGCCGGCGAGCUCGGUGAAGCUCUCAUCGAGGGAAGGUCGAGGCACAAGUCUGGAGCACGAGUCGUGUCCGGUGCCUACCUGGAAGAAGGCCGGAGCCGGGAGAUGAACAUGCGGCGUCGGGGAGGUGGCGGGCCUGCAGUGGAAGAGUGGAAACAGGAAGACAGCUGGGAGGGCAGCUUUGAGAGUGGCGAGAGACGGCCAUUCUGGAAGUUCUGGACGAACUGGUCCAAGAAGAAACGGAUCGUGAUUGGAAGUAUAGCAGCGGUGUUGAUAUUGCUAGCCAUCAUCAUCCCGGUUGCCAUUAUCGCAGGGAAGGGGAAAAGCAGCGGCUCGGGCUCCAGCUCCAGCUCCAGCUCCUCUGAUUCAUCUUCACCUUCCAAUUCCAACCUUGAUGGCAUCAGUGAAGAUAGUAUUCCGUCUUAUGCAAAGGGUACUUACUUGGAUCCAUUCACAUGGUACGAUACGGAGGGUUUCAACGUCACUUUUACCAAUGACACCGUCGGUGGUUUGUCUCUCAUGGGCCUAAACUCGACAUGGUCUGACACUGCAAGGCCAAACGACAAUGUGCCCCCUUUGAACGAGAAGUUCCCUUAUGGCUCACGGCCAAUCCGUGGCGUGAACCUCGGCGGAUGGCUUUCGAUCGAACCAUUCCUUACGCCAUCUUUGUUCGACGGGUACUCGUCUGGAGCUGACGUCGUUGACGAGUGGACUUUGACUGCGAAGUUGGGGCCUUCGGCAGCAAACACCAUUGAAAAACACUAUGCAACCUUCAUCACUGAAUCUGACUUCGCAGAGAUCCGGGAGGCCGGACUUGAUCACGUCCGCAUCCAAUAUUCAUACUGGGCUGUUACAACCUACCCCGGUAACCCCUACCUCCCGAAGAUUUCCUGGCGGUACCUCCUCCGCGCAAUCGAGUAUUGCCGAAAAUACGGACUUCGCGUCAAACUCGACCUCCACGGUAUUCCUGGUAGCCAGAACGGCUGGAACCACAGUGGCCACCAGGGCCUGAUCGGGUGGCUCAACGGGACAGACGGCGAGCUGAAUGCGCAAAGAUCUCUCGACGUCCACAACCAGCUGUCACAAUUCUUUGCGCAGGACCGAUACAAGAACAUCGUUACAAUGUACGGCUUGGUCAACGAGCCACUCAUGCUCGACCUCCCCGUGGAGAGUGUUCUCAACUGGACACUGGUAGCCGCCGAACUCGUCCGCAGCAAUGGAUUCGAAUCCACGAUAGUUUUUCACGACGGAUUUCUCAACCUCGACAGGUGGGCCCACAUGUUCAAAACCCACCCCGACAACAUGUACCUGGACACCCACCAGUACACGACCUUCAACACAGCCGAGAUCGUCCUAAACCACACCGCCAAGGUCGAAAUCAUCUGCAACAGCUGGAAACCCAUGAUCUCAAAUGUUAACAGCACAACCACUGGCUGGGGCCCGACGAUCUGCGGCGAAUGGUCCCAAGCUGAUACCGACUGCACCCAAUUCUUAAACAAUGUCGGCCGCGGUACGCGCUGGGAGGGAACUUAUGACCCCAGUUCCUCAACAGCCUACUGUCCAACAGCAGACGAGGAUACCUGCAGCUGUGCAAAUGCCAACGCACCCGUAUCUGAGUACUCUGACGUAUAUAAACAGUGGCUGCAGACCUACGCCGAGGCGCAGAUGUCUGCAUUUGAGACUGCACAAGGCUGGUUCUACUGGACCUGGCGCACAGAGUCUUCAGCGCAGUGGAGUUAUCGUUCUGCGUGGAAGAAUGGAUACAUGCCUCAGAAAGCAUAUUCGCCUUCGUUCAAGUGCGGAGACACAGUGCCUGAUUUCUCUGGAUUGGCUGAGAAUUACUGA